CUUGGUUUCCUGGCGACGCGGCCCUGCUGCAGGCGGCUUCCCGGAGCGCUGGGCCUCUUCUCCUGACGCGUGGGCUAGACCGUCAUGCCUUGGCUGCUCUCAGCUCCCAAGCUGGUUCCCGCCAUAGCCGGCGCUCGCGGCCUCUCAGCACGACCCUUGGACCCGCUUGUUUGAACCAAAAAUUGUACUUCAUUCCUGUGUUUUCUUUGCUCCCUGCAUCCAGUCAUAAGCCAGACUCGUUGACUUUUUACCUUCAAAAUAUAGAAUAAAGACAACUAACAAAUCGUCCCUGCUUUCGGAAGGUUUCUAAUAGACUGUCAAGCUAAUUAGCCAUUAUGUGCGGUACAGUAAGGAUUAAAAUAGAAACAAGCAUAGGCACAUUGAGGAGAAACAUGCACGUUAGGAGCAGUGCGUGCGGCGUCCAAGAGGUGGCUUCCUGCGCAAGUGAUGCUUGAGCUGAGAUUUUAGAGAUGUGACCACAGAAGCUGGCAAAGUCCAUUUUAGAGCAAGAAAAAACUAUUUUUGAAGACAGAUGCUGUUACGAUACAGAAUGACUGGUGUUCUUCAAGAGAUUGAGUGUGGCUGCAUUGUUGCUUAAGAUUUAUGCCAGACUAGAGAGCGGGGUCAAGAUCAUGAAUGGUUAACCUCAAGAGUUUGAAGCUUAUAGCAUUAAUGUGGAUAAUUUGAAAGUUAGGACAGAUCUUGAAGAAACUUCUGAAGAAUUUGAAGCAAAAGACUACAAUACAAGUGGUCUCUUUGGAAAUAGCUUACCACAAAGAGGAUGAAUUAAAAAAGAAAGACAAGAUUCAAGACAAGCAGAGCAGUUAGGAGCAUAGUGUAGCAAUUCAGCGAAUUGAGGAGGCCUAAACUAAGGAAAUGGUGUUGAGAAUGAAUUGGCCAUUUGAGAAGUGGGACUCGAUACACCGGCUUUGCUAGUAGUAAUAUGACCGUGGGCAAAAGAUCCUGUUCUCUUGAAUGUUGUGUGUCAUGUUCACAGCGGAGGUACUCCCUCCAGCCUGUCCCAGAGAGGAGGAUCCCAAACCGGUACUUGGGCCAGCCCAGCCCCUUGACACAUCCACACCUUCUCAGACCAGGGGAGGUGACGCCAGGACUAUCUCAGGUAGAAUAUGCACUCCGCAGGCACAAGCUGAUGUCUCUGAUCCACAAGGAGGUCCAAGGGCAGAGUGGGACAGACCAGACGGUGGUCGUGCUCUCCAGCCCCACAUACUACAUGAGCAACGACAUCCCCUAUACCUUCCACCAAGACAACAACUUCCUGUACUUGUGCGGAUUCCAAGAGCCUGACAGCAUUCUGGUCCUUCAGAGCCUCCCUGGCAAGCAGUUACCAUCACACAAAGCUGUGCUUUUCGUGCCUCGGAGAGACCCCAGUCGAGAACUUUGGGAUGGUCCGCGAUCCGGCCCUGAUGGAGCAGUAGCUCUGACCGGAGUGGAUGAAGCCUAUACGCUAGAAGAAUUUCAGCAUCUCGUGCCCAGACUGAAAGCGGAGAGCAGCACGCUGUGGUAUGACUGGAUGAAGCCUUCUCACGCACAGCUUCACUCUGACUACAUGCAGCGUCUGACUGAGGACAAAGCCAGGAGUAGGAACAAGGUUCGGGGUGUCCAGCAGCUGGUGCAUCGCCUCCGGUUGAUCAAAUCUCCCGCAGAAAUUGAGCGAAUGCAGAUUGCCGGGAAGCUGACAUCACAGGCUUUCAUAGAGACCAUGUUUGCCAGCAAAGCUCCCGUGGAGGAGGCCUUUCUUUAUGCGAAGUUUGAAUUUGAAUGCCGGGCUCGGGGCGCUGACAUCUUAGCCUACCCACCCGUGGUUGCUGGUGGUAACCGGUCCAAUACUUUGCACUAUGUGAAGAACAAUCAGCUCAUCAAGGAUGGGGAAAUGGUGCUUCUGGAUGGAGGCUGCGAGUCUUCCUGCUACGUGAGUGACAUCACCCGUACGUGGCCUGUCAAUGGCAGGUUCACCGCCCCGCAGGCAGAGCUCUAUGAAGCUGUUCUAGAGAUUCAGAAGAACUGUCUGGCCCUGUGCUCCCCUGGGACAAGCUUGGAGAACAUCUACAGCUUGAUGCUGACACUGACAGGACAGAAGCUUGAAGCAUUGGGAAUUGUGAGGAACUCUAAGGAAAAUAAUGCCUUCAAGGCUGCUCGAAAAUACUGCCCUCAUCAUGUUGGCCAUUACCUUGGGAUGGAUGUCCACGACACUCCAGACAUGCCCCGUUCCCUCCCUCUACAGCCGGGGAUGGUGAUCACGAUUGAACCAGGCAUUUAUAUUCCCGAGGAUGACAGAGAUGCACCAGAGAAGUUCCGGGGCCUUGGCGUCCGCAUCGAGGACGAUGUGGUGGUGACUCAGGACUCGCCCCUCGUGCUGUCUGCGGGCUGCCCCAAGGAGCUGAGCGACGUCGAGCACAUCUGCAGCAGGGCCUCUUGACCGCCGCGGCCCCACGUGCAUCUCGGGCUCAGAGGGGCACCCGGCCAUCCCUGCACGAGUGCCCCGAGGGGCUCCUGUGUGCCUGUCUAUACGCCUUCCUUCUGGAGUGCAGCUGAUGGCUGUGUGCAGUCACAUCUGUGGGUUUUUUAUUUCAAGUAGAGAGAAGUCCGGAAAAGAGAAUUUUUAAAUGCUAUGUGACUGCCUCUUUGAUAACAUGACUUCUCUGGAGUUCAGGACCUAAGCGAGUUUAAUUUAUAAACAUUAAAAAGGGUGUUGGUUACGUAUGCCCAUGCAUUCCAAUUACACAUUUAAACAGGGAGAAAAUUAUCUUAUUUUUUCAGAGUAUUUUUUGCACUUUGCUGAGAUCCUCCUGAUAACAUACAAUGUUUGUGUGAUGCCUGUAUUUAGAGCUAAUCACCAAAGUUCCUAUUAUGCUGAAGACCGCCUGCCUGUAAUCACGGGUGGCCAGUACUUCUCCUAACUCCUGCCUGCCUGUCCCAGACCCUGAAGGCCGCCUGCCUGUAAUCGCGGGUGGCCAGUACUUCUAACUCCUGCCUGCCUGUUCUCCCGGAGCCACACGAGCCUGCAGGGCACUGCUGUGUUUGUCUCACCAUUCAGCCGAGUCCCAAUUCCAACAACACUGGCUGCGGAGCGAGCUCUUCUUGCUGUUUGGCUGCCUGGGACCUAAAACGUGUUUAAAUUCUCGGUAAGGAAAUGAAGGAGUGGAAGAGUAGGUAUGUGACUACUGCAGAUCCAAACUUCCAGCACUUGUUCUCUUCAGUUAAAGAUGAAUCCUGGGGGGCCAUUCGUGAAGCCACCAAUGGAGACGUCUACAACACACAUCAGAGUGCUAGGCUCAGUUCCUGCUUCCUAGUACUGAAGACCCCAGGAGGCAGUGGCUGUGGCUCGGUAGUUGGGAUCCUGCCCGUCUUGUGGGAGACCUGGAUGGAGUUCCUGGUUCCUGGCUUCAGCCCAGCCCAGUCCCAGCUGUUGCAGGCAUUUGGGGAGUAAACUAGUGGAUAGAAAAAAUCUCUCUCUCUCUCUCUCUCUCUCUCUCUCUCUCUCUCCUUCUUCUCCUUCUUCUCCUUCUUCUCCUUCUUUCUGUCUCUCACAUAAUUUUUUUUUAAGAUGGUUCCUUUCCUAGACAUCCUCUAGGUUCUGAUCAGGCCACUCCCGGAGCGUCUGCACUGGCCUGAGGCAGAUGCUUGACUUGCCCUGUUAAGUCAGAGUCGUGGCACCCAGUUUUCAGAGAAGCACCCCUGUUGUCCACCUGUGAUUUCCUCUAGUUCUGAUUAAAAAAAGAGAGAGCGAGCGAUAUGGGAUCCACCCAGUACUUGUAGGCAUCCUCUAUUCCUUACCUGUCCUGAUGUCAGCACUGGAAGGUGAGUAGUAGAGAGCUGUACCCAUAACUGGAUACAGUUAUGGCGACCAGGCUUGUGUGGGGAGCAGGCUGGGGGGCUGCAGAUGGUUUACUCAGAGCAUCUCUGGGAGAGGGAAGCACUAACAGCCAGUGUGUUCACCUCCCUUAUAUGUAGAUAUGGGCCUAAGAUACGCAAAACCUGCGAACUGGUAGAGCAUGAAUUUAAAGUGGGUUUUUUUGGUUUUGUUUUUUUUCCAUAUUGAGGUUAGGCACAAGUUGAGGGAUUAACAGUUUCUGCAGUGUUAGAAGUUUGCUCGUUAUUUCAGGAAAACUUGCAGUAUAGGUCCAGAAGCAGACAGGAGACAAAGAUACUGUAACCAGUGUGGUAGAAAUCGCAUCCUGACAGUGCUCAUGCAGAUCUGCACAGCUUUGCUGCCCCUGGCUACGCGGCUGGGCUUCACCCCCCACAGCUGCCCUGACUCCCUCCAACUUCUCAGUCCUGUGCUGUCCCUAAAAGAAGAGGCGAGAAGGAAAUCCACAGCUCUGACUUCUCACUUCCCAGGCCUCUGUGCCCCCACAGCCCCCUCCUUGGCUUCUUUCCCUUCUUCAUUUCCAGUCCUGGGAAGAAGGACUUUCCCGUUCUUCCUGUAGGUCAUAUUCUGAGGCCUUCAGCCUUCCAGCUCAAAGCCUCCGUGGCUUUUAUGUAAAGCAGCGAACUUGGACAUGGUCCAGGUUGUGGUUAGGUUCCAGUCAAGUUCUUCUGCAGAUGUUACUGGUAGUGAGUGUGACUGGUGAUUUUUAGUUCCUGCUCACCUAGCUACGUUGUUCUUUGAAUCCCAGAUUAACCACAGCGGCUGAGCGUUUGAGUCAGGUGGCACAGUGAGCCUCCGUGGCUGUCUGAUACACUCAGGAUGUGUUGUGCUACAGAGAAGUAUACACGGCGCAGUGAUCUCCUUCAUUCAUUCAUGAACCGCGCCACAGCCGUGGCCCAGAUGUCAUUCAUUCAUCCAUGAGCCGCACCACAGCCCAGCCCGAGUGUCCCUCAUUCCUGGGCCGUACCGCAGCCGCGGCCCGAGUGUCCUCUGGCUCAGGAGUCUUCCUGGUACUUCACACGUACACCGGGUGUCCUACUGAAAGCCUGCAUCGUGAGAAAGCGUCUUCCAAAGUUACCACUGGGGUUUUUCUCGCUAGAUACGGAGCUGUGGCUGGAUCAUUAGCAACACCAUCUAAAUGGCAGAAGCUUAUCUGACUGGCCAGUGCCGCUCACCUCUGUGUGUUUCAGGAAUCGCUCUUUUCCCUCGUAAGCAGGUGACCAGGAUUGUGUUUCUUAUUUGAAGCACCACAGCAGAGAUGCUGGGGCAAGAGUUCUCUUUCGCUUGUUGUGGCCUCCAAGCGGAGAAGGAGCUCUGGUGACGACUUUAAAAUGCUUCCUGUGCAUCAUCUUUCAAAACACUGGGCUUUUUCCUCAAAACACUGGGCUUUUUCCUCAAAACACUGGGCUUUUUCCUCACUAAGUUGUGUUAGUUCAGAAAGGGAGAACCCUCACAUGAAGACAUCUCUUUCUGCAUUGAGAUUAAGAUCCACCAAAUAAAUCUCCAGAUAAAGACAUUCUAUAUCAUUAAAACAGAAAAAUUUGGCCUUGUUGCAUUGUUCAGAAUACUGGUAACCAACACCCUCAUCAGCGUUGUUAAUGAUACAAAGGCUGCAGGUGUGAGCCUGGCUGCCACCUCUCCCCUCCUGGGCUUGUCAAGAUCAGGAGCAAAACGCAGUGCACUCCUCCUCCAGCGCAGGGGGACCCUGCGUCCUCUAACAGUGUUCCUACCAGCUGCGGCCAGAAAGACUUGCGACUUGAGUUAGCUCUUAUCUGCCAACCUCAGCUAGUGUGGUAGGUGGUAAUGCUACGUGUGUGUGUGUGUGAGAGAGAGAGAGAGAGAGCGAGAGAGGGAGAGAGGGUAAAGGGCCACAGAUGGUGGCACACAAAGGACCCAGCUUGGAACAGAUUUUUAAGGUGUGCUUCAUUUUUUUGUAGUUUUAGUUUCCUAAAAUACAAUUUAAAGUAGACAGUGUAUGUUUCGAAGCUGGGCAAAUAUUUUUUAAACUGAAGUGUUUUUAAUGUUUCUAGAGUAAUGAGCAGACGAGUGCAUCAUUAAACCCUGACACAGCAGCAUUCCGUGGUCACAAACCACAGUGUUCUGGUUGCUGUGGUCUCUGCAUGUGUGGCACCAAGAACGUGGGUGAGCAUCAGCACUGUCUGCGUCAGGUGACCUGGAAUCAAGGACUCGGGGUGUGUUCCAUGAGGCUCUGAGCAAGCUUCCAUCUUUGCUGGCAUUUCUUACUGCUUUGUGUGACUUUUGUGCAAUUAUAUACAAGUUCAGUUUGGACAAAACGCUGUUACUUUUUAAAGCCUUAUUCGCGGAAAAUAGAUGUAUCAUUCCCCAGCAAGGGAAAACCAUUUGUUACUGUCAUUUUAAAAAUAAACUUACAAAAUAAUAUGGAA